AUGGGCGCUACCCAGAAAGGCCCUCAUUAUGCGAUACUUCACGCUGAAUGGGUCAAUGGUCGCGAGAGACCAACGGUACAGGAAGCAGAAGCACGCAUCCACGAAAUCUACGACUCGGGCAAGGUAUUCUUCACAAAAAAGGCCAUCAGCGAUCUUUGGGCGCAGUGCCAACGCAACCCCCAACACGGCGACAAACUCACCACCACAGAUCUGAACGGCGACGAUGUCGAAAUCGAGGCUCAGACCGGGCGAGUUAAAGAAUUUCUCAACGAAAAGGAUGUGAAAGGGGCAUAUGUAUACAAAGAACUCGAGAUAAGAUACGUACCGCGAGCAUCAAUGCUCAACCACCUCAGAUGGAGCGAAUACGUAAACGAACAGAUCUACUGCUCUCUGGGCGUCGACCAGCGGACACAUCUCAUUGACAUAGAGACAAAGGAGAUGCUCCCUCCAUACCCGACCCUCGAGCCGGAGAUUGUAGCGCAACAUUUCGAAACAUGCAUGCAAGAGUGGAAAGAUAGUCAGACAUGUACGGACUUGCAGAAUUUGUUGUCGUCGUUUGCAAAGGAUCAUCGGAUCAACAAGAUUGUCGGGUUUGCUCUUGGUUCGAUGUCCUACAUACGUCAAGGUCGGGGCGAUGAAGAACCUUACUACUGCAAGCGGAGUGCAUUGCAGCAUGCACUCCAACUCACGAUCAAGGAAUGGUUGCAUGGACGAGAUGGGGGAGCGGCUGGGGGUAUCGUGUCUUACGUGCAGGAUCCAUGGUAUACCACCAUCGAUAAGGAGAUAUUGCGCAAAGCUGGACUCGAGGUUAUUGAUGAUCCGCGCGGUUGGCUGGAGGUGGAUGAGCAGUCUGUUGUGCUUUCCAUUGCGCCUAAUGUGGCUACCAAGGAGAUCAUUGCGGAUCUUGCUCGGCCGGCGAUUGUCAUUUGGUGUCGCGUCACCGAUCUGAAUUAUAUCACUAAGGAGGAGGGGACCGUGACUGAUCCUGACUCGCCUCGGGUGAGGAAAAUGCUCGAGGGGUAUGAUAUUCACGAGUUUGGGCCGGAUACGACACUAUUCUCGGACAUUGCGGUUUAUAUUCGGAAGUCGGCGAAACCCCCACCAAGGCGGAAGACCAACUCGGGACCUUCACCUCUGGUCACGCGCCUUUUCGUGCAGCCAUCCUCGUACCAACCUCCAAUGGCCUCCGAGAGAGCAAUCGAUCGGGAAGAGCGACUGGGCCUGCGUGCCAUUCGCAACUUCCUCAAAGCCCGCAAUAGUUACGAUGUGCUGCCCCUCAGCUUCCGACUCAUCAUCUUCGAUACCUCGCUCUCCGUCAAGGAGAGUCUCAACAUCCUGAUCCAAAAUGGCACGCUAACUCUGACCCGGACACCGGGCGACACAGGCAUCGUCUCAGCACCAUUAUGGGACUCGAAGGCGUCCAAGUUCGCCGGACUUCUAACCACAUCCGACUACAUCAAUGUGAUCCAAUACUAUUUCCAGAACCCAGCGGCGCUGGACCAAAUCGAUCAAUUCCGUCUGGACAGUCUGCGAGAAGUCGAAAAGGCGCUAGGCGUCGCGCCACCAGAGACCAUCUCGAUCGACCCCGAACGUCCGCUGUACGAAGCGUGUCGGCGCAUGCUGGAAUCGCGCGCCCGCCGUAUCCCCCUUGUCACCAGUGAUAGUCAGACCGAGCGGCCCCACGUUCUCAGCGUCAUCACGCAAUACCGGAUCUUGAAAUUCGUUGCUGUCAAUGUCCCUGAUACGCAGCAGCUGCGUCGGCCGCUGGGAGAAUUGUUGCUUGGUUCGUAUGAUAAUGUUGCUACGGCUUCGAUGGAUACACCUGUCAUUGAUGUCAUCCAUAUUCUGGUCGAACGCAGUAUAUCCAGCGUACCGAUUGUGAAUUCGGAAGGUGUCGUGUACAAUGUUUUCGAGUCGGUUGAUGUGAUCACCUUGAUUAAGGGUGGUGUUUAUGACGAUUUGAGUCUGACUGUUGGAGAAGCGCUGAAGAAACGUUCUGCGGGCUUCCCUGGCAUUUACACCUGCUCACUCAAUGACGGCCUGGAUACUAUCUUCGACACUAUCCGCAAAUCCCGGGUCCACCGUCUUGUCGUUGUGGAUGAGCACUUCAAGCUUAAGGGUGUGCUGACCCUGAGUGAUAUCCUGCACUACAUUCUUCUCGAAGGAGAGAACGAAGAAGCAUGA